UGACCACCCACUAUGGCUUCCCAGUGUUGGGGGCCGGUUCUCUGGUGGUCCGGUGUGAUUUGUUAUCUUUUUGCGGCAGGGUAAUCUUCUCACGACUUCGACAUGCAAAAAAUCAAGUCUCUCAUGACCCGACAGGGUCUGAAAAGUCCUCCAGAGAGCCUCAGUGAUCUUGGUGCCAUUGAGAGUCUUCGGGUCCCUGGAAAGGAAGAAUUCAGAGAACUUCGAGAACAGCCAAGUGACCCUCAAGCUGAACAAGAGCUAAUUAAUAGUAUUGAACAAGUGUAUUUUUCUGCGGACUCAUUUGAUAUUGUUCAAUAUGAACUGGAGAAGCUCCCACCUGUCCUCAAUUUGCAAGAACUAGAAGAAUACAGAGACAAACUGAAGCAACAACAAGCUGCAGUCUCUAAAAAAGUAGCAGAUUUAAUCCUUGAAAAACAGCCUGCUUAUGUAAAGGAACUUGAAAGAGUUACAUCUUUACAGACAGGUCUUCAGUUAGCUGCUGUUAUCUGUACAAAUGGAAGGAGAUACUUAAAUAUUGCAAAGGAAGGCUUUACUCAAGCUAGUUUAGGCCUCCUUGCAAAUCAGAGGAAACGUCAAUUGCUGAUUGGACUUCUGAAAUCUCUGAGAACUAUAAAAACACUGCAAAGAACAGAUGUGCGCCUAAGUGAAAUGCUUGAGGAGGAAGACUAUCCAGGAGCCAUUCAGCUGUGCCUGGAAUGUCAGAAAGCUGCCAGUACGUUCAAACAUUACAGCUGUAUAAGUGAGCUGAAUUCCAAGCUGCAAGAUACUUUAGAACAAAUUGAGGAACAGUUGGAUGUGGCUCUUUCCAAAAUUUGCAAGAAUUUUGACAUUAGUCAUUAUACCAAGGUUCAGCAAGCUUAUCGACUUCUAGGAAAAACACAGACUGCAAUGGAUCAACUUCAUAUGCACUUUACCCAAGCCAUUCAUAAUACCGUGUUUCAAGUUGUCCUUGGUUAUGUGGAACUAUGUGCUGGAAACACAGAUACAAAAUUUCAAAAGCUGCAAUAUAAAGAUCUCUGUACACAUGUUACACCAGACAGCUAUAUUCCUUGCCUUGCGGACUUGUGCAAAGCACUAUGGGAAGUAAUGCUCAGCUAUUAUAGGACUAUGGAAUGGCAUGAAAAGCAUGACAGUGAGGGAACUGCUUCAGUUUCUGAAGGGAGUAAUAUGAUCGGUACUGAAGAAACUAAUUUUGAUCGUGGCUAUGUAAAAAAGAAAUUAGAGCACGGACUCACACGAAUAUGGCAGGAUGUUCAGCUGAAAGUAAAAACCUACUUGCUUGGAACUGAUUUAUCUAUAUUCAAAUAUGAUGAUUUCAUCUUUGUUUUGGAUAUAAUCAGCAGGUUGAUGCAAGUAGGAGAAGAAUUUUGUGGAAGCAAGUCUGAAGUUUUGCAAGAGUCGAUUAGAAAACAAAGUGUCAACUAUUUCAAGAACUACCACAGAACACGACUUGAUGAACUGAGAAUGUUUUUAGAGAAUGAGACUUGGGAACUUUGUCCUGUUAAGUCAAACUUCAGCAUCUUGCAACUUCAUGAAUUUAAAUUUAUGGAACAGUCUCGUUCGCCAUCAGUUUCACCCAGUAAGCAGCCAGUGUCAACUUCUUCAAAGCCUUCAACCUUGUUUGAGCAGUACUGCAGCUGUGGGAAUCCAUUUGAGAUUCAAGCUGACCACAAAGAUGAAGAAACAGAAGAUGUCUUGGCUUCUAAUGGGUAUGAAUCUGAUGAGCAAGAGAAGAGUGCCUAUCAGGAGUAUGACAGUGACAGUGACGUUCCUGAGGAACUCAAACGAGAUUAUGUGGAUGAGCAGACAGGCGACGCACCAGUGAAAAGUGUUUCACGGGAAACCCUGAAAAGCAGGAAGAAAUCAGAUUAUAGUCUCAAUAAAGUGAAUGCACCAAUCUUAACAAAUACAACAUUGAAUGUAAUACGACUUGUUGGGAAAUAUAUGCAGAUGAUGAAUAUCCUUAAGCCCAUUGCCUUUGAUGUUAUCCACUUCAUGUCCCAGCUAUUUGAUUAUUACUUGUAUGCAAUAUAUACCUUCUUUGGUCGGAAUGAUUCACUGGAAUCAACAGGACUUGGCCUUAGUAGUAGUAGACUGAGAACAACUCUAAACAGAAUACAGGAAAGCCUUAUUGAUCUGGAAGUGUCAGCCGAUCCCACUGUCCCGCUCACAGCAGCAGAAGAAAGAAAGGAGAAGGUACCCAGCCCACAUCUCAGUCACCUCGUGGUUUUGACAUCUGGGGAUACAUUGUAUGGGUUGGCAGAGAGAGUGGUAGCCACAGAAUCCUUAGUUUUCUUGGCUGAACAGUUUGAGUUCCUUCAGCCACAUCUGGAUGCUGUGAUGCCCGCAGUGAAAAAGCCCUUUCUGCAGCAGUUUUACUCUCAGACAGUUUCAACUGCCAGUGAACUACGCAAACCAAUUUAUUGGAUUGUAGCUGGCAAAGCCAUUGAUUAUGAACAGAUGCUGCUCCUGAUGGCGAAUGUGAAGUGGGAUGUAAAAGAAAUUAUGUCGCAGCACAAUGUUUAUGUAGAUGCAUUACUAAAGGAAUUUGAGCAGUUUAACAAGAGGUUAUAUGAAGUCUCUAAGAGAGUUCGCAUUCCCUUGCCUGUGUCUAACAUACUCUGGGAACACUGUAUACGAUUGGCUAAUAGAACUAUUGUGGAAGGAUAUGCCAAUGUCAAAAAGUGCAGUAAUGAGGGUCGUGCCUUGAUGCAAUUGGAUUUUCAACAGUUUUUAAUGAAACUUGAAAAACUAACUGAUAUUAGACCCAUUCCUGAUAAAGAAUUUGUGGAAACAUACAUCAAAGCCUAUUACCUAACCGAGAAUGACAUGGAGCGCUGGAUCAAGGAACAUAGGGAAUAUUCAACAAAGCAACUAACCAACCUUGUGAAUGUUUGCCUGGGGUCACAUAUCAACAAGAAAGCAAGACAGAAACUUCUAGCAGCUAUAGAUGAUAUAGACCGACCUAAAAGAUAAUGAACAUAGCCUUCUUUUCUCAGUGGCAUCGAUCUUAGCAUGUAUGAUGUGAACUUUUUUACGCACUCCUGACAGUUGUUUGCUAAGAACUUGUGAGCAUGCUCUUAAAUCUGGAAGGUAGAAAACACGGAAGUGUGAGUGGUGAGCUCCAGUGACUUCUGUGUGCUCCCUCUUUUCAAGUUUCUGCCUCAUUUGUAGUCCUUUCCUGAAAUGAUAUUAUUGCCUUGUCAUAAUUAUUAUGAUGUGACUAUAAUUUUACAUUUUACAGAAAAAUGUAUCAUAAAUAUACAGUGAGAUGGAACAGUGGCUAAUGUAUCUAUGAGUAGUUUUUGUAGAGUGAAUUUAUGUUGGCACUUUUCUACCUUCUGAACUUGGCUCUUAAUAAACACGAGAGUGAAUGUAUAGUAUUUCCUAAUUAUGAGCAUUGCAUGAGAAUUAAAAAGUACCUGUGUAAGUGAAAUAGUUGAAAAAUCAGUAUGUUCUCUGUUUUUAAAUGUCUAAGUGUAUGUUGGGGUUAAUUGGGUUAUGACAGUGAUUCUAACUGAUGAAAUGUAAUAAACAUUAUGUUCUAAAAUGGUCAA